UUAAUUUUGCGGGUGGUUCUGCUGGGAUUUUACAAUUAAUUAAUGUACUUACUUGAAUAACUUCUUUCAGUUUUCCCUAAUUUUUAGAGCAACUAUUGUAGUAGACAUUACGGUUAGUGUUAAUAGAGAGCACUGAAAAUAAUGUUGGAAGAAAGUCUAGAACUAGUCAGUACAAAAGUUGGAAUGUCGGACAAAGAAAAUCACAAACAACAAAAGUGGGAUACAAAAAGAAUUAGAAACAUUAAGACAAAAUCAAAAAACUCUGAGUUUCCACAUAAUUCACCUUAUCUUCAGUCGAAGAGGAAAGCUGAAAAAAAUGAGUUCUCAGUAAUUCAUGGAAGAUCUGAAAAUGAGUCCUCAUCUCUUGAUGAUCAAACUCUUAGCCCAUAUCCUGAGCUUUUAAAGUCUCCUGUUUUGUCACCAGAGGUCCAGCAAAUGCUCAAAGAUCUGGGAGUUACCUUAAAUCCUGUUGAAGAGAGCCGCUUAUCAUACCUUUCGACAAACAGAAAACUUAGUCCACUAUUUCAGAACAUAUCUAAAAAAUUUCAAGACACUACAAAUUCAGCUAGUACUUUGAAGUCCUUGAAUCUUCAUAGUUUCAUAGAAAGUUCAACACCAAAUUAUCCUUCAGAUAACAAUUCUUCAUACCAGCAGAGUUUUGAAAGGGAAAAAUUUCGGAGACAGCAUUGUGAGAAAGUUAUUGAAGAUUUACAACAUGAGCUGUUAGAGCGGGAUCAGAAUAUAGCUGUUCUAGAAGCAGAGAGUAAGAAAAAAGACGAGGCACUUCAAGAACUCCAAGUGACUUUUCAGAAAGUUUGUGAAGCGUGGGAGAAUGUUGCUUUACCGAAUGUAGAGAAGUUAAGAGAGGUAACAGAAGAAAGAGAUAAUCUAAUUAACCAGUUACAAUCAGUCGAACAGAUAGUGGAGAAUCUGAAGACUGAAUUGGAUACAAAAGAAAAUGAGCUUAAAAGUUCCUUAAACAAAGAAGGUGAACUUAAAGUUGAGAUCAAGAACUUGAUAAAUCAAAAUCGGGAACUUUCUGAACAACUUCAGCAAGAGAAGUCUCAAUCCAUGAAAUUUGAAGAAAAAGUAAAAGACAUGAAUUCUGAAAUCCAAUCCUUGCAGACCCAUUUGACAAGAGAACAAGAAGAAACAUUAAUAAGGGAAUCUGAAAUGGACAAAAAGCUAGUUGAGCUGAAACAAAUGAAAGUGAGGAGUCAACAGCUAAUCACUGAACUACAAAAUAAGUUAAUAACUGUUCAAGAAUUGUACCAUAAUGCUGAACAGAAAAGUAGACUGCUUACAAAUGAAAAGAUGAACCUUGAAGAACAAUUGACAGAGUCCGAAGCCAAAAGAUUAAGUCAAGAAGCUUCAUCAUUAGCAACAUUAGAGCACAAGAUCAAUAAGCUACAAACUGAAGCAAAUAGAAAACAUGAAGAACAAGUAAGAGGAUUAGAAAUUCAACAUAAGAAAGAAAAAGAUUCCUUGGUUGAAUCUUAUGAAGAACAACUUCAGUUAGCAUAUCAAAGUCAUCAAAAGGAAAUUGAUGAAUUGAAAAGGGAACUUAAUCAAAAAAUUAUUGAUAAAAAUAGUGAACUUAUGAUAGUGUUUGAGGAAGUCCAAAGACUGAGACACAGUUUGGAGAGACUUGAAACAUCAAGAAGUCAGAUCCUAUCCAGGUUGCAAGCUCUCUUACAGUUUCACUGGCUGGAAGCUUUAGAUCUCUUGUAUGGGAGUUCCUCUACUGUUUCAGAGAAGGAAGACAAGAAUUCCUGGACAGAACUGGAUAGAACCAGCAAUAUUGAAACAGAAACAAAGAAAACGGACAUAAACCCAUCAUAUCUCUGGUCAAAUGAUGUAUCUCAAAAUCUUGUGAAAACCUUGUUUAAAACAAGUGAAAAUUUAAAUGACUCGCAUCACUUGAAAGAGAAACUACAUAACAAAUGCCAGAGUGAAUCAAAUGACACACUUUCACAUCCAUACAAAUCAGACAUUGCUGGAUUGAGAGAUCUUUACUGGUAUCCAGUCACUGAAGAUAUUCAACCAAUCCAAAACUCUGUAAGCAUGGCCAAUAAUGUGACUCACCCAAACAAAAAACAUCCAAAUAUUGCUGAUAAUGUACAAACAGUCUUUUCAUCAAAUGAGGGUACAUGUAGCCUUACUGGUUUUGAUAUGUCAAAAGAUCUGAAGUUGAUUGUUCCACAAAAACUUGAGAGAUCAUUGAAUCGAGACACAAUACCAAAUGAAUUGCUUGAUAUCAGAAGGGAUUUUUUGGAAACUAGGUCUUUACAUGAACUUCCUAAUGCAAAGGAAUAUGUUGAGUCAACAAAUUGUGAAGUAAUUAACAGAGAUUGUACUGAAGACUUAGAUAUAACUAAUCACACAUCUGCAAAGCUUGAUAUUAUAUCUGCUGUAAAAUUAAAUCCUCUCACUGGUGUGAGUUGGGAAAAUCAAACAUUUAUGACUCCUAGAAUCUCAGAACAGCCAAUGUACUACAACAUUUGCAGUAUAAAUCACUCUCUCUUUCCCAAGGCUGAUUUUAGUAAUAAUUCUCAGUUAUUAGAUACUCAAGUAAUUCAUCCAGUAGUUUCCAAAGACAGUAGUACUUUUCAGCCGGUAUCCUCCGACUACAGCAGCAUGGUUCAUUCAGUAACUUCAAACUGUAAUAAUAAUACUACUAUUCAGCCAGUAACCUCCAACUACAAUACCACAGUUCAACCAGUUACUUCUAUUAUUCAUAAUACCACAGUUCUCCCAUUAACCUCCCAUCAUAGCAGCAUAUUUCAGCCAGUACUCUCCAACCUCAUUAACAGAAAUCAGCCAGUAACUUCAAGUAGCUCAUUUCUUAACAACAUAGCAUUACCAUUAACUUCAAACCAGACUCUUGACUUUGAUGUGCAGCCUGUGUUUUCCCAUGUAAUUAAGCCUGUAGAGUUAAAAACUGACCUUAAGAACCUUACACAACUACUUCAGUUAGGCAGAGAUCCAGGUGACAAACAAAAACCUUAUAAUUAUAAUAAUAAUAAUGCAACUGAAGUUAUUGAACCAAAAUUUUCCAAGUCAUGUUAUUCUACAGCCUUUAACUCUUGCCCCUCUAACACAUUAAGUCCUCAUUUAGAUAAUAUUAACUCAGCAUACUUGGUAGCAUCUGACAGUGAUCAUAACAAAAUUGUUUCAUCAUUAGCUUCUAACUCUGUUCUCGCUAGCUCAGUUCAGUCAGCAGAUUCAAACCUUACAAACACAGUUUGCUCAGUAACUUCUAGAUCAAAUCUCACUAAUUCUAGCCAGUCUGUGACCAGUAGACCAGACUUUACCAACUCAAUUCAGUCAGCAGAAUCUUGUUCAGUUUCUAACAGAACAUCUACCAUCUUGAACAAUGGUUGUCAUCCGUCCAAUAUGAUAGAUUCUGAUAUAAAAGAUGAUCUUACUGACAAAACUACUGAAACUUUUGAAGACUGGCUCAGUUCUAAAGAGAAUUUCAAGAACAGUAAUGGAACACACUCAGAAUAUAGCACUUCAACUACAUCACAACAAAGUCGAGAGGCCAUUCUUAACCAAUAUGUGCUAAAGGUUUUACAACAAACACCCAAGUCUCAUCAGUAAUGGCAUUUAAUAUGUCAUUGAAAGUUCAAAGACAGUUACUUCUGAUAUGGUCAGAAAUUUUAAGUAAUUUUGUACAUAAUAUGUGUAUCUUGGAAGAAUAAAAAAGUUUUACUGGUAAUUAAAUGUGUGGUACGUUUAAAAUACUUAUAAAACUGUAUCUGAUCUGCUUUUUAUUUACAUAGUUACUGAUUGUUUUUACAUGCUUAGAUGGCAAUCAUUUGUUUGCAUGUAAACAAAGUUUUAAGAACAUGGUUGAAUUUGAAUCUUUAGGUCAUACUUGAAAACUGAGAUCACUUUAAACAGAAAUUUUUAAAACAAUAUCUAAUUGAGGUUCCAAAAUCAACUUG